UAUCAUUGGAAAUAGAGUCAAAAUUAUGUGUUAAAAUUGUAAGGAGAAUUUCUAGCUUUUUCAUCAAUCCUCACACAUGGAAGGAAUGUUCAAUGAGCUUCCCUAUACCAAGCUAAAGCUGCUAUUCAUCAAUAUCUUUGCCAUACUGCACAGUGCCACUUAUUUGAAUGUAUAUCGCUUGUAUGCCGAUUUGAGAAAUGUUAAAAUAGGCGUAGACAGCUCUGGGGAAGAGAUUUGGAUCAGAGAGAUCUUUACAUUCCUCAUCAGUGGCCUUAUAGUUGUACGCUUUUGCCUGUGUUUCGUUGGUUUGGCAUCCAACAUUGUGGCCAUAUACCCUAUCCUAACCAACUCGCAGGCUGAGAUGCUCAUGCCCACCAUCAUAUUGCAGGCCAUAGACAAUGUCAUCCUGAAUCUUUACGAGAUUAUUUUAGGCUACGGAAGUUUGUGCUAUCUGUAUCCGGAGAGUACGGCUGUAUUUAUCUUUUUCGUACUCAAGAUGGGUGUCAAGAUUGCCUGCAGCAUUUCUGUACUUAAUAUCUACUCCGAUCACCACACUCACUUGGCCACUCUGGUCUCUUUCAAAGAGGAUUUAAAUAGCUUGGGACCAGACAGUGUGGAUGAAAUUGAAUUGGCCAACCAAAAUUUUGAUUCUACCUAGCUAUACUAAUAUACAUUAAAUUAUGAUACUUGGA